UUGACAAAUUAAUUCCUCGUCAAAGCCCCCUCUUUGCUCAAUUUCCCCCCACAAAACUCAAAAAAACACACAGUAGUGUACUAUCAGUCACCUUCAACCAACAAUGGCGGAAGACCCAUCUCCGCCAUCACCAGAACUCACAGAAGAGGUAAAACAAAGGAUUAAAGCCAAACGUUUGCUCGCCGAAGCCAAGCUCGCCGAAGGCAAGCGCAAAGCAUCCCAACAAAAUUUCUUCAAUUCAUUCAAAGCCUGCAAAAAAUUCCACCCAUCAACCAGUUUCCCUGCUCCCCCAAAAUUUGAACCCGAUUCACCGCCUUCGAGGUUUCGGGCUCGACUCGAAAUCUGCUCUCCUGAUUCUUUCUCCAUUAAUCCUGAUCCUAUUCAAGGGUUUCCCUUUCCGGGUCAAACUGAUUGUUUUCGCAUUUUAGAGUAUUGUCUUUCAAAUGUUUUGUUGACACAUUAUACACAAAUCCAUGGUGGUGGGAAGGCGUCUGUCUAUAAACUUAGAGAUUAUGAUGCAGUUCUUAAAUGCUUAAAGAACUGCAAGGACAUUAAAGAAAUUGAAGAAAUACCGUGGAAGACUUAUAAUGUGAUGGAGAAACUUUCUAAUACUGACGUUUCAGGACGAUGGACACCGUGUAGGCCUGAGCAUUUAUCUGAUGAGAAGGUUGAGGAACUGGUAAAGAAGCUACCAAGAAAAUUGUUGGAUACUCUCAUGCCUUUUCAGCUUGACGGACUGAAAUUUGGAUUGCAAAGGGGGGGUCGAUGUCUUAUUGCCGAUGAGAUGGGGCUUGGCAAGACCCUUCAGGCCAUUGCCAUCGCAAGCUGCUUUUCCCAUGAAGGCUCAAUACUUGUUGUAUGCCCUGCAAUCUUGCGCUAUGCAUGGGCUGAAGAACUGGAGCGUUGGCUUCCUUCUUAUAUGCCAGCUGAUAUCCAUCUUGUGUUUGGUCAUAAAGACAAUCCUUUGCAUUUGAAGAGACGCCCAAAAAUUGUUGUCAUUUCAUAUACGAUGCUUAGUCAUUUGCGAGGCAGCAUGCUUAAAUGGGAAUGGGGUGUCAUGAUAAUUGAUGAAUCACAUCAUAUACGAUGUUCAAAGAAGAAAGUGGAGCCUAGAGAGAUAAAAGCUGCUCUUGAUGUGGCGUCUGGGGCUAAACACAUAAUUCUGCUGUCAGGGACACCAUCUUUGUCAAGGCCGUUUGAUAUCUAUCAUCAGAUAAAUAUGUUAUGGCCUGGUCUGCUGGGUAAUGACAAGUUUGAAUUUGCAAAAACUUACUGCGCUCCAAAACUAGUCAAGGAUUUAAAUGGGAAGACAUUCAUGGAUUAUUCAAGGGGUGCUCGUUUGGAGGAGCUGAAUGUUUUACUUAGACAAACUGUCAUGAUACGGCGCUUGAAGGAGCAUUUGCUAGUCCAGUUACCGCCUAAGCGUCGACAAAUUAUAAGCUUGACAUUAAAAAAAUCAGAUAUUGCUUUCGCGAGGAGUGUUAUUGAAAAUGCGGGAGAGUCACAUACGACCAAUCACGCUGCUAAAGAUGAUGAAAAUGACAGUGGAGGGCAUGACCGAGAGCUCUCUGAUCAAGUGCUUGGUAUUUCCAAGGUGCUUGGAUUUCUUGACUGGCUUUCCCUUCACCCUAUAUUUACUGAAGGAGAUGACUCAAAUAAUACUGAGGUGAAUGCGAGUUCUCAAAAAAUGAUAAUAUUUGCUCACCAUCUCAAGGUCCUAGAUAAAUUACAGGCAUUCAUUUGUAACAAAGGCAUUGGUUUUGUACGCAUUGAUGGUAGUGUACCUGAUUGCGACAGGCAAGAUGCUGUGAAGUCAUUCCAGUCAUUAAAAGAGGUCAAGAUUGCAAUUAUUGGAAUUCAAGUUGGCUAUGCAGGACUGGAUCUUUCAGCUGCUCGUAAUGUUGUCUUUUUGGAGCUCCCCAAAGAUCCAACUUCCUUGCAGCAGGCCGAGGAUCGAGCACACAGAAGAGGACAAACCAACGCAGUCAACAUUUACAUAUUUUGUGCAAAGGACACAAGUGACGAAUCAUGCUGGCGAAGGCUUAACAGGAGCCUGCAACGUGUUUCAUCUGCAAUUGAUGGGAAGUAUGACGCAAUAAGAGAGAUUGCGGUCGAAAAUGUGUCAUGUAUUACAAACAUGAAUGUAUAUCAAAGUGUGAAUUCAAGUUAUGCUGCUCCAUCUUUUGAAGAGUGUCCAACAGAUGAAAAAGUACAGCAGAAUGGAGCAGAUUAUGAUAUUGAUGUUAAGUGUGUUAUGCAGGCCGAUGAAAAGGUUGAUGUGGCAGAGGAGUUGACUAUGGAUGAGACUGAUUGUUUGACCAUAGCUCAGAGCUCUGUCCAAGUAAAUAUGGAUUCACUGCGCUUCGCGGUGAGUCGGUAUACUGGAAGAAUCCACUUGUGCACUUGUGACCAUGAAGAAGAUUCAGCACCAAGAUCGCUAUCUGAAAAUUUCCGGUUAGAGGAAUUUUCUGCUGAUCCCAGUGAGUGGACUUCUGCCUUCAUCAAGGAGAAUCCUACUUGCCAGCUUGCUAUUGUGAGCUUCAUAAAUGAGUGGAAGAACUUGAAACUCAUUGAAAAGAGAAAGUUGCUUGGAAGACCUUUGCAGUUACCUCUAGCCAUCGAACUAUUGCGUCUCAGUGAAAGCAACAACCAUGAUAGUAAUGGACUUCUGAAAGGAGGAAGCAAGAGAAGGCAUACACCGUUAUGUGAAAUAAGCUUCCCUCUUCGAUCUAAUGCAGUGGUUAAGGAAGUUAGUCUCUGUGAUGAUAGAGGGAAUAAGAAACUAUACAUUCAAUACUGGACGCUGAUGGAUGAACCACUAUGCAAAUUAUGUCAGAAUCCUUGCCAAGAUAUCAACGCCAAGAAGCCCAAGGGUUUCUCUGAUCUUUACUGUUCAAAUGCCUGUUAUGAAGAGUAUCGCUUAAGAACUAGUGGCAGAUUCCUUCGUCAGGAACUUUUUGAAAUUGAACAUGGUAUUUGCACCAACUGUCAACUGGAUUGCCACAAGCUCGUGCAGCACUUAAAGCCGUUAUCGGUGGAGGAUCGUGGGAAGUAUAUCGAACGUGUGGCACCGCAAUUGUCUAAGCGCAAAAAAAUGAUGGAUAAACUUGUUCGUGAACCAACUGAAGGAAACGCCUGGCAUGCAGACCACAUAAUUGCUGUGUUCAAUGGAGGAGGUGAGUGCAGAUUAGAAAACAUGAGGACACUAUGUGUGGCAUGUCAUGCUGAUGUUACUGCAUCCCAACGUACUCAAUGGUGUAUGGAAAAUAAGUUAUAUAAGAAGGCCAAGGGGAGUUACAAAACAAAAAAUAAAGGUCAGACUCCGCUUAAGAAACAAACUUCUCCAGCAAAAGAAGAGAAAAUUGUUGAUGAUGACAGUGAGUUACUUGUAGAUGUACCUGGCAGUGAUUAUUCAGAAGAAUCUAAAGUAAUGGAAGAUGGUAGCAGCCCGAAACAGCCAUUGAUUGCUGACAUCUCCAAAUUUAGCUACAUUGGCACAGUGGCCACCUGCUGAGCAUUUUAGCAUGCAGCAGUAAGUCAAGGCACUGAACUUGAGCAUAGUGGUGUUUUCCGGGACUGCAUUUUGAAGGACCUUAUAGGAGAUUGUAUUCUGUAGGUAGGUAUUACGAUUCAUGUUGUAAAAUUGUUUAUUCUAGAACUCAGAUGUAUGCUGUAAUCAACUGCAAAAUUGUUUAGUCUCAGAACCCAGAUAUAUGUUGUAAUCAACUGCCGUGCAGCACGGGAUAUUUAUUGAAUGAAUGAAGUGUAUUUUAACAUGGCCA